CGUUUGGAGCCGCCGGCGCGCGGAGAGGGCGGACAGCUCGGCGCCGGCCUUCUGCUUCCCGCUUGGGCAGAGGGACUGGGGGGAUCCUCGCUCCGGGGCCAAAAGGACUUGAGCCCGGGCCAAGGCGGAGUGCCCAGGAGGGCACGGGGCCCAGAGGAAGCUGGGGCUGGAGGGGACUGUCGCUCGCCACUGUUGGAGCGCACGGGGCUCAGCGGCUCCGCAGCCGCGCGUCCCCUGACCCGGACAGAGCGAGAGGCGCGAUCGCUAAGCGGAGAUCCGCGCCUGCAGUCCGCCCGGAGCCGGGGCCAAGACGCUCGCCUUCGCCGCCGCCUCCAAGACCCCUAUUCCGGCGACACUCGCGGAACCGGGGCGCCGAGCAAUGCCCAAGCCUCAGGACUUGGGCGCGUCUAAGACGAUGGUUUCUUAAGCACGCCACCGCGUCCCCCUUCCCGCCUCCUCGACCGGAGGUAGAGACCGUGAGCAGGCUCCCGGGGCUCCGUGCCCCCAGGCGCCCGGCCGCGUCUCUGGGGCAGCUCGCACGGCCGCAGGGGCGCACGGGCGAUGUGGCCUCCGGCCAGAGCGCAGGCCCGCCCGGGGGGGAUUAUGGCACCUGGCGGAGGAGUCCCAGCCUAGCAUGGCCCGCGUUCUGCCCGACGUCGCCUCCGGCUAGGAUGGCCCCUCCGGGCCCGGCCGGCGCCCACCCCACCUCGGCAGAGCCGCUGUCCCGCAGCAUCUUCCGGAAGUUCCUGCUGAUGCUCUGCUCCCUGCUCACCUCCCUGUACGUCUUCUACUGCCUGGCCGAGCGCUGCCAGACCCUGUCGGGCCCCGUCGUGGGGCUGUCCGGCCGCGGCGAGGAGGCGGGGGCCGCGGGUCGCGGCGCCCUGGCCGGAGGCCCGCGGGAGCCGGCGGUGUGGCCCGCGCCGGCACCGAGGAAGCGCCUCCUGCAACUGCGGCAGUGGCGGAGGCGCGGGCCGCCCGCUCCGCGCGGCGACGGCGACGAAGCGGCCUGGGAAGAGGAGACCCCUGGCCUGGCCGGGGUUCCCGGUGGCUCCGGGGCCGGAAGCAGCGUGGCCGAGGCCCCGCCGGGGACCCUGGCGCUGCUCCUGGACGAAGGCAGCAAGCAGCUGCCGCAGGCCAUCAUCAUCGGCGUGAAGAAGGGCGGCACGCGGGCGCUGCUGGAGUUCCUGCGCGUGCACCCCGACGUGCGAGCGGUGGGCGCCGAGCCCCACUUCUUCGACCGCAGCUACGACAAGGGCCUCGCCUGGUACCGGGACCUGAUGCCCAGAACCCUGGAGGGGCAGAUCACCAUGGAGAAGACGCCCAGCUACUUCGUGACGCGGGAGGCGCCCGCGCGCAUCGCGGCCAUGUCCAGGGACACCAAGCUCAUCGUGGUGGUGCGGGACCCGGUGACGCGGGCCGUGUCCGACUACGCGCAGACGCUGUCCAAGCGGCCCGACAUCCCCAGCUUCGAGAGCCUGACGUUCCGGAACAGGACGGCCGGCCUGGUGGACACGGCGUGGAGCGCCAUCCACAUCGGCCUGUACGCCAAGCACCUGGAGCACUGGCUGCGCCACUUCCCGCUCGGCCGCAUGCUCUUCGUGAGCGGCGAGCGGCUCGUGCGCGACCCGGCCGGCGAGCUGCGCCGCGUGCAGGACUUCCUGGGCCUCAAGAGGAUCAUCACGGACAAGCACUUCUACUUCAACAAGACCAAGGGCUUCCCCUGCCUGAAGAAGGCCGAGGGCAGCGGCCGGCCGCACUGCCUGGGCAAGACCAAGGGCCGGCCGCACCCCGACAUCGACGGCGACGUGCUGCGCAGGCUGCGCGACUUCUACCGGCCGCUCAACCGCAAGUUCUACCAGAUGACCGGGCUCGACUUCGGCUGGGACGGAUAACCACAUAAUUUAAAAAGAAAAAAUAAUAUCAAAAUAUAAUAUAUUUUUUUACCAAUCGGUAGAGAAAAGACAGUUUAAUAUUUGUGCUCAAAGUAUUUGUUUCAGUAUUUUGUUCAAUGAAUGUUAAGAGAUCAUCCUUGCCCCCAUCCCAUCUCAAUGUAUAACCAACACCAAACAUUUGGAUAAACAGAAAAGAAAAACUUCAUUCAUCUAAAAUACUUUCAGUUUUCAUUUUUUAUUUUGUGUUCUAUAUACCCAGUCAUAAAGUAUACGCAUCAGUUGCCAUUAAAAUAUUUUAAGAAGAUCCUGAGGGUAAACAUCUCUCUCUCUCUGUUUAAAUACAAGGCCCUGAUAAAAUUGAUAUCUGCCCUUAUGUUUGUUUUUCUUCUUUUUUCCUGUGCCUCUUUUUCUUAAAUCAUUUUCCAGUUCGUAACACAGUAGGUAGACCACUUCACAGUUUUCAUAGUGCUUUCAACUACAUCUUUUCAAUGCUUAUACUACUAUAUGGUGUAAGAGUAUAGUAGGCAGAAGUUUUUAUCCCCUUUUUACAGAUAAGGAAAACUGAGUCUCAGGGAAGUUAAAUGACUUAUUUUAAGGCCAGCUGGUGGACCCUGGACAAAACUCAAUCUUCCACUUGUUUCCUCUUUCAUGCCACUUUUCCCAGGAGAAUGGGAAGAUAGACAUCCGCACCUUUUGACAUGGUUAGCUAGUUUUUGGAUGAUUUAGAAAGGGAUAGAGAGGGUUUUCUAUUGCUUUCCAAGUUCUCCCCUGACGGCACCCAGGCUCAUUAAAUGGUGUUCAAGGAAACCACUCAGACCUGGGCACGACCCAGUCUUGGCUCUUGGCUGAUUAAUGUAUCCUGAGAUAGGGAAAUCUUGACUGGUUGAUGCUUGAUUGAAUUUGAGAGAAAUUAUUAGAUUCUUGUAUAAGGACAAAAUCUCCAGCCACGUUAGGAAUAGGGCAAGAUAAAAUACUCAUACAAGUGUGAAUCUCAUUUUUCUUUAACUUUUUUCUAAGUAAAGAAAAUCUACCGUCUUUAUAAUAUCUCGCUUCUAACCUUGGAGCUAAUACUAAAAAAAAUAUAGCAAUUUGUUUACAAUGCUCUUAUUUUUGAUGGGUGGAGGACUAUCAUUUUGUCACUUUAUUUUUUCACCAUUUCCCAUUCAUACCAAUUAUAACCUAAAGUUCAUUAGUAUUUGGAAAAUAUUCUAGGAAAUGCAGAUGUGAGUAAAAUGGUGGCUUUUCCUCUUCUGCCUUCUGUUCUUUACAUCCCCUAUUUAAAUUGCUCAAAUAAAUCAAUAGUUUAUUAAGAGCAUUUCUUUCCUCUCUGAGUGGGUAUUAACAAGAUUAGCAUUAAUGGGAAUUAAAUUGGUUUAGAGAGGAGCACAUAUGCACGAAAUAUAUAAAACAUUUAUAAUUAGUCUGUCAGCAACAUUUAUUACAGGUUUAUACCCAAGAGGAAAAUGUCUCCUAUUUCAUGGAAGUUUUCUUUAUCAGCCAAAAUAAAGGACCAGACACUCUAAAAUAAUAUUCUUUUUCAUUUCCAAUGUUGUCAGUCAAAGAAACUAAAGUUGCUCUAAAAUAUGCAGUGCAAUUUUGCAUUUGGCAUAGAUGCUGCAUCAGGUGAUGUAAAUAAUUCUCGAGAAGCCUAAUACAGGAUUAAAAUGGAGGGAAAAAAUCUCAAGUUUUUAGAUAUUUUGUCAUUGCUCCAAAUCUUAGGAUUUAUUUGUUAAUAUUGCAUUUACAGGAGUUAAGUAAAUCCAGGUUGCCUUUUUCCAGUUGAUUUCCUUCAAGUCUGAGCCCUCAAUCUCCCAAUGUUUUGUUCUACUUGAAUCAUCACUAGCUGCAACAAGAUACUCAUUUUAAA